GGUGCAGGACUGCAGCUGAGCGCUAUUCCAUGCAGGGUUCCCAGUAUAUUGGUGGUGCUGGACUGCAGCUAAAAUUGUAAUUCCAUUAUACACAACUUUAUAAGGCUGGAGUCACACGUGCAGUUUAUGUGGCAUUUUAUUUAGCUAGAAAGAGGCGUUAAUUCUAAAGGAGUGGGAAAUAUAUACAGGACUUUUAGCAUGUGUUUCCAUCGCAUUGGAAAUAUUAUACAUUUUUCAACUUCAAUUUUUCAAAUCCAUUUUUUAUCCUUACAGAAACCCCCGGUAAGAACUUCAUGUUAUUACUGGAUUAUAAAGAAGAAGAUGAAGAUAUCCUGUCACACUCUCCAGGAGAAAUCUACUAUACCUGUAAUGUUUAUCCAGGACCUCACAGUGCAGAUCUGUCAGAUAAUCCUCCUAAUCAUGAGGAAUCUUCUCCUGAUCGAUCACAGAUUGUUACCACAAGUGCGGGGCAGAAAGGGGGCAAAAGGUUUCAGUGUGGGGAAUGUGGAAAACAGUUUACUUACAGCUCAGGUCUUUUUACUCACAGAAGAAUUCACACUGGAGAGAAGCCAUAUUCAUGUUCCAAAUGUGGGAAAUGUUUUACAGGUAAAUCAAGCCUUAUUACACAUGAGAGAAUUCACACAGGGGAGAAACCGUAUUCAUGUUCAGUAUGUGGGAAGUGCUUUGCAGAAAAAUCUAGUUUUCUUAUACAUGAAAGAAUUCACACAGGAGAGAAGCCAUAUUCAUGUAAAGAAUGUGGGAAAUGUUUUCCAAAAAAGUCCCAUCUUGUAACACAUGAAAGAAGUCACACAGGAGAGAAGCCGUAUUCAUGUUCAGUAUGUGGGAAAUGUUUUACUAAUAAAUCAUAUCUUGUUACACAUCGGAGAAGUCACACAGGAGAGAAGCCAUAUUCGUGUUCAGUGUGUGAAAAAUGUUUUACAGAAAAAUCUAAUCUUAUUACGCAUGAAAGAAUUCACACAGGGGAAAGGCCAUAUCCAUGUUUAGAAUGUGGGAAAUGUUUUACAAAUAAAUCCCAUCUUGUUUCACAUGAGAGAAUUCACACAGGAGAGAAACCAUUUUCAUGUUUAGAAUGUGGGAAAUGUUUUACAAAUAAAUCAUAUCUUGUUACACAUCAGAGAAGUCACACAGGAGAGAAGCCGUAUUCAUGUUCACUAUGUGGGAAACGUUUUACAGAAAAAUCAAGUCUUGUUACACAUCAGAGAAUUCACACAGGGGAGAAGCCGUAUUCAUGCUCACUAUGCGGGAAAUGCUUUACAGAUAAAGCAAAUCUUGUUAGACAUGAGAGAAGUCACACAGGAGAGAAGCCAUAUUCAUGUUCAGAAUGUGGGAAAUGUUUUAUUACUAAAACCAAACUUAGGAUUCAUCAGAAAAGUCACGCAGGAGAGAAAUCAUUUUAAUGCUCCAUAGUUCUGCAGAUAUUUAAUGGGCAAAAACAGGGUUUCUUUUUGAGUGGACCUAUUGUGGAUCUACCGAAUUAUACUGGGUGAUUCAAAAAGAAUAGUUAAAGUAAACAAAUUAUGCUGUUGAAAAAUGUAAACUGAACUCUGAUUGGAUGCUAUUGACAACAAAGUCAGUUUUCUUUUAGACAGAUUUUAGGAAUCUCUCCCAUAGUUUACUUUAAACCUGUAUAAACAAGGUGAAAGGUUUAAGAUGGUGACAUUACAGCAAGAAAAAAGACAAGAACGUUGUCUGCUGUGAUGGGACAGUGACAUUUUCCGGUAAUUGUGCUUUGCAUCGAAAAUGCAUUUAACAUUGAGUGAAUCAAUUCGAAACCACUGGUUGUUUAUGUCAUAGAGAAGUCCAGGCCACCCAAGGAAGUGAACAGGAUUCGAGCCAUGUAUGGGCAAAGUUCUAGAAAGUUGACCAAGCUGACUAGUAUGGAACAACAAAUGCCACAAACAUCAUGGUGUAUCUUCCAAAAACAUCUGCUUUGUAAGCCAUACUGACUACAGAUUCUUCAGGACGACAAACUGAAAUGCUGUGAUUUUUGCAUUGACUCGGAGGGCUGAUUGGAAGUGGACGAAUUUGCUGCCAGGAUUGUGAUGAGAGUUGAGGCUACCUUUCACUUCAGAUGGAAGGUUAGUUGUCACAACAUUACAAAAAGACAGUAGAGGAAGAGUAUGGUGGAUAUUAGGAAGUGAAGAAGAGCCUUGUUUACUGUUAGAGCAGUUAAACACCCAGUUAUCCCAGUUCUCUCUUCUCUGCACUGGUGAGGGGCAAUCAACCUGAAACAGCUGUCUGCAGAUAAAACACUGGCUUAUUUAAUAUCCGAGUCAUGUCUCAAGGCCUAUUUUAAAGGGUUGGACAUUGACUUAUAGGAUAGCUGCCUUACAUCUGGUGGCGUCAGAGGCGGAGCUUGUUAAGGGCUCAUUUCCUUCCCUUUCUUUACUGUUAGAGCAGUGAUGCUGAAUUGUUCCUGUGAAUUCAAACAUUCUUCAUGGAUUCUUGUGAAAUGUUCUUCUUCUUUCCAUAGCAGAUUGUUCCAGAAGUCCUUUUGUUUGCCUAGUUGUUCAUGGGCAAAACUCACGCUCUCUGAAUUUAGGUUUAGUAGACAUCAGUAGUGGUGGCGGCUGCUGCAUAUUGUCUCGUGUAGAUGGUUUUCAGUGGAAUGACCGAUAUCCAGUUGUGUGGCCAUCUUCACUUUGUAGACUAACACUUCAUGAUGGGCUCAGGAUCUAGACAUGGUGACGUCACACCUUUCAUCUACAAAGAGCCAAUCGAAGGUUGAGAUUUAGGUUAGACACAGUCCUUCUAGAAUAUACUUGCACACUGCGGGUUUGUCACUGAAAUGUCUGUAUCGGUCUCAUUCAUCUGAAUGUGUCUUGCAGCAGAAACAACCCCAUUUAGAUGUGUGGAACAGAAUUUCUGCUACAAAUCGGCUGUGUGAAUAUGCCCUAACAAUGGCCUGAUCCACUGGUAUUUAAUUGGCGGACUGCAAAGCGUGUGGCAGGGUUCACAUGUGACCCCAGCAGACCCUCUGACUCCCCACCUGACACAGCAUCUUAUAGAUGGACAGGAAGUCAGUUUCUGAAUUCAUUCCUUUGAGACUCACAUUUAGGCUUCUAUAUCAUAGGAAUGAAUGGAUAAAAUGACCCCCUGCCAACACAGACGAUGCUUUGUCAGGUGGAGAGUCAUUGACCCCCUGCCCACAGAUAAGGCGCUGUGUCAAGUGGAGAGUCGUUGUCUCCCUGUCCACAGAGAAGACACGCUGUGUCAGAUGGAGAGUAUUGACCCCUGUCCACAGAUAAGACACUGUGUCAGGUGGAGAGUUAUUGACCCCCUGCCCACAGAUAAGGCGCUGUGUCAGGUGGAGAGUUAUUGACCCCCUGUCCACAGAGAAGACACUGUGUCAGGUGGAGAGUUAUUGACCCCCUGCGCACAGAUAAGACGCUGUGUCAGGUGGAGAGUCAUUAUGACACUUCAGAAGACCAGAAAGGAGCGGAUACCUCACAGCUACAGCCAUUGCCCCACGGCGACUACGUGACCACCCAGUCUAAGGUACUGCAGU